ACAUAAUUCGGAUCUAGCAAGCACAUUAUUUUAAAAUUGAUCAUUGUUGGAAUAUAGGUAGUGAAAACGGAAGCCAGAUCCAUUUUACUAAAAUUAUGUUUAAGACUUCAAAAGGAGAGUUUAUGGAAAGAUAAUAGAAAAGUUAUGGUGAAAAGACUUUUAUCUAUGUCCAAAUUAAAUGAAUCAAAUUGUAUUUAUAGAGAACAAAAAACUGAAGAAUUUUGGUAUAGUUUUUUUCUUUUCUUUUCAAUUUCAUUACUAUGAAAUAAAUGACCUGAUAAACGAAACAACGAAUCAAAAAAUCACGCGUGACACAUUGUCCCCUCCAAACUCAUUUUUCAACAUGUUGAAUUCAAUUAAUCCAUCUCAUUUCAACACCUAAAAUCAACACCAUCACUACACCAAUUCAACUUUUGAAUUAAAAAUUUAUCACCUUCAUUGUAAAUGGUCUUUACAACAGUUGAAAAGAAAUUCAACACCACCGUACCAUUGAAAGUAGUCUAACAUAUUAAUUGUUCAACCAAAAAAAAAAAACUUGCAUUAAUUUUAAUAUAAGAUUCAACGAAUGAUAAAUUAAGACAUUUGUUGAUAUACAUAAUUAAUUUAAAUAUAUAGAUACGUAUAUUUGAUAUCAAUUAUAAGUCUUCCAAAUCAUAUAAUUUAUUUUUGGAACACCAAGACGUGCAAACUCAAUGAUCAUAUAUACUACAAUUAUUAGACGACGUGCUUGCAUGUCCGUAACAUAACAUCUACAAAAGCUUACACAGAAAAUAGAAUCUAAAAAGCAACCAAACAAAAAAAUGCCUGUCUCCAUCUCAAAGAGGCGACCAAGAACAUCCAAAAAAACCGAAACCGAGAAAUCCGAGAAAACACUUAAAGAUUCUCGUACUUGUUGUAAUAACAUUUGCUCGAUCUUCUCCAGAUCAAUUCUCUAUCGUGUACCUCUCACGAUUAUCUUUCUCUUCUUAAUUUAUCUUUGGUCCACUUCCACGACCGCUAUCUCCGGUCAUGUCGUUCAUAUAUGCAUCUCUUCGCGGAAGCUCAAUGACCGUUAUUGUCUCACUGCCGGUACUCAGCCCGCUUUACGUGUACCAGUCAACAAUUUCACUAAACCGGUUAGUGAAGAUGUUGUAAGAAGGAAAGAAGAGAAGAAUGUUGUAGUUCUUGGUAAAGAUGGAGACAAGGGUUUCGCAAAAAAUGAAACAUUCGUCGGAGAAAGAGAUUCAGACAAAUCUACGGUCGGAACAAGCCUCAACGUCAUAAAGAAUGACACUUCCACCGGAGAAAUCUUCAGAGAAAGAGUUUUCGUUCUUGAUCAAGAUUCUAAACCCAUCCAUGAGGAGAAUCUUGAUUCCGUUCUUGAUCAAGAUUCUAACCCCAAAAACGAGAUUGAUCGCGAUGUCUUUGUUGAUUGGGAUCCAGAAACCGGCGAAGAACGAUACCGAUAUUUCAAAUCGAAGGACGAAAGCGAGGAGACUGCUCUAAAAGCCGUGGACAAGUAUCUUCAAAUACAAAGAUCUUGGUUAUCAAUGGGAAGCAACCGCGGAAAGCCUGGAUCUUGCGAAGGAAAAGAGGUUUACGUUUACGAUUUACCAUCUAAAUUCAACAAAGAUUUGUUGGGGCAGUGCUCCGAUAUGGUCCCAUGGGCCAAUUUUUGCAGCUACUUCAAGAACGAUGCAUUUGGUGAUUUGAUUGAGAAUCUCGGUAUAGGCUGGUUCAGAACGCAUCAAUACGCUCUUGAGCCAAUCUUUCACUCUAGAGUUUUGAAGCAUCCAUGUAGGGUUCAUGAUGAGACCCAAGCAAAGCUCUUCUAUGUGCCUUUCUAUGGUGGUAUAGAUGUUUUGAGAUGGCAUUUCAAGAACGUUUCUGAGGAUGUGAAGGAUGUUUUGGCGAUCGAGGUUGUUAAAUGGCUCGGUUCGAAGAAAUCAUGGAGGAAAAACGCCGGGAAAGAUCAUGUUUUUGUUCUUGGAAAGAUCUCUUGGGAUUUUAGGAGGAAUGAUAAGUUUUCGUGGGGCUCAAGUUUACUUGAGAUGCAAGAAAUGAAAAACCCUACAAAACUCCUCAUCGAACGUAAUCCAUGGGAUGUCAACGACAUCGCGAUACCUCAUCCGACAUACUUCCACCCGAAAACAGACAACGAUAUCGCCAUCUGGCAAAACAAAAUUAUUGGAAAACAACGUCGGAGCUUAAUCAGCUUCGCCGGUGGAGCAAGACCUGGCAAGUCUGAUAGCAUCCGAUCAACAUUGAUUGACCAAUGCAAAUCAUCUCCAAACCAAUGCCGGUUUUUGAAUUGUACCGAUGGAGGCUGCGAUAAACCGGAAUCAGUUAUCGAGCUUUUCCGGGAUUCGGAAUUCUGCCUCCAACCGCCUGGAGACAGUCCGACAAGGAAAUCGAUAUUCGAUUCCCUCAUAUCAGGUUGUAUCCCGGUGAUCUUUGAUCCGUACAGCGCGUAUUAUCAGUACACGUGGCAUUUACCGGAGGAUCACCGGAGAUACUCAGUUUAUAUAAACAAAGAAGAUGUGAAGGCAAAGAAAGUAAAUGUGAUUGACAAGUUGAUGUCAAAGACUCUAAGGGAAAGAGAGGAUAUGAGGAGUUACAUUGUUCAAGAGCUUUUGCCUGGUUUGGUCUAUGGAGAUUCUAAUGCUAAGUUUGAGAGGUUUCGAGAUGCUUUUGAUAUUACUAUGGAUAGUUUACUCCGGAAGAUUGCUAAAACUGUUUGAUUUUAUUUUUUCUUUGAACCUCAUUGUAAAAUUUUCAAAAUUA